AGAAAGAAGGCAAAAGUUAGUUUAUUUUUAUAAUUUUGCGAAAGGAUUUUUUAAUAAAGAAUCCUUGAAAAGCAAACGUAAUACGCUGUUAUCGUUAAAAGGAGAGACAUGGUAUUUCAUUUCUAAUUGUAUUUCGCAAUUAUGUACAAUUGCACUGCAAAAUUUUAUUCGCAAUGAAUUCUUUAUCGGAGUUUGUAAAAAACUAUUUAAUCGUUACAAAUUCAGCAGAUUAUUUAGAAAAACUUUUCAAGUUAUGCCUGGAACAUUUAAAAACUGGUUGUACGGUUGUAAUCCUCACCUCAGAAAUCGAUGAUUUUUCCAAUUUACUGGCCGAAGUAGAAAUUGACAUGGAAUAUUUGAAAAAUGUCAUAAUAAUGUCCUACAAAACAAUUGAUGAUAUUUGUCGUAAAUUAUUGUUUCUGCACAGUUGGGCCCUAUUGCCAUCCUUGGUUGUUGUCGAUUUGCAUAAAUUAUUAAGUGAACAAACGGUAACUUGUCUUACUACAGCUUCUCUUAUGCAAAAAGUAACACUUUGCACAGUUAGCUUAUUGACAUAUUUAGAAUCGAUUGCAACAAAGCUGCGCAGAAGUGCUGAUGGCAGGAGUACUUCGCGUGAGGUAAAUGGUUUGUUGAUUCUGCGGUCGGAUGUAAACAAUUUUGGUGAUGCUCAAAUACAGACUUUAAAAGACUUGUAUUUUUACAAAACGCAGUUAUAUCAAGAUUUAGUUGAUCUCAGGCCCUUAUUGCUACAUGAGAGUGAAGAUUAGAAUGGAAGGUAAUUUUUUUAAGUUCCUAUAUUAAAUACAUAGAGGUAUGUAUAAAGAAGUUUGGAAGAAAAUUUCAAAAUCUAAUUUUAAAUUUAGUAAAGAGAAUGAAUAUACUGAAGAUUUGUUGGGCAUCUAAAUAAAUUUGAAUGGGUGCAGCACCCAUAUUCAUAAUACAAAUUUAAA